GUCGACCUUUACCGCUGAGCUAAAAAGGUGUCAAGACAGAGCUUUCUAGCUGAUACAGUAUGAUAUUGGUUCACAUAAAUUUAUCAUCAGGUAUACCCAAGAUAAGAGAUAAUCUGAAGCUGAAGCUCAUCUCCAUCACGAUAAGCGACGAUAGGAACCACGGACUGCGGAUUUCCACCGGACCCCGGACUCCGGCCCAGCAUCCAAGCAAGAUGUUGAUGGUCUAUGGACGAGCUCGAAGCUCGGAUGAUAACGAAGGAUGUUAAAGGUCAAGGAAUUACCUUGUUCACGAAUGUCUUCCCUUUCCACCAUUCCCUCACCCAUCCACCCACAUCAACAAUCAUGGCAACCAAAGACAGUAGUACAGCCGAGAAACACAUCUUCUGCGCCAUAAUCGGCGCAGGAAUGUGCGGCGUGUCGCUGGGCUCCCAGUUCCUCAGAACCAGCACCCUCCGCGCCGAUGAGUUUGUCAUCUUCGACCGAAAUGAUGACUUUGGCGGCGUUUGGCGAAGCAAUCGGUACCCUGGGGCAGCAUGUGAUAUUCCCAGCCAUGCCUAUGUCAUGCCAACCUGUUUAAACCCGAACUGGUCCAAGAAGUUCUCCGAAGGCGCAGAGAUUCAACAAUAUUACGCCCACUACGCCGAUAAGUAUAAAUUGCGACCAUCGACCAUCUUCAAUGUGGAGGUCCAUGAGGCACGGUGGAACGAGAAGCUGUUUCUGUGGGAGAUCCUCGUGGAAGACCGGUCGACCGGCUACCGCACACGGUGGACGGCCAAUGUAGUCUUUGACAACGGUGGCGGGUUCCACCGUCCUAAGUACGCGGCCAUUCCAGGUCGCGAGGACUUUCAAGGGGAUCAGUUUCACACGGGGGAGUGGCCCACAGGCUAUGAUCUCCGGGGGAAGCGCGUGGCUCUCAUCGGAACAGGACCCAGUGCAGCCCAGGUUGGGCCGAAGAUCCAACCGCUCGUGGACCAGUUGUACAUGUACCAGCGGAGCGCUGGGCACGUCUUACCACGAAACAACCAUGUCAUCCCACGCUGGCAGAGACUGCUCUUCUGGCUGUUUCCCCCAGUGCUGCGGUUCUAUCAUUCGUGGUGGUGCCGAUUUUUUGACCAGACGAAGAACAUGUGGAUGAGUGGAACAUCCGAGAACAAAGCCAUGCACGAAGCUGCGAUGGCCUUUUUGAACCGCGAGGUGCCGGACCCGGAGCUCCGGCGCAAGCUGCGUCCCACAGCGACAUUUGGUUGCAAAAGGGUCCUGUUUCUAGAUAACUGGUACUCCAUGUUCAACCAGCAUAAUGUUGAGCUCGUCACGGAGAAACCGGUGCGGAUCAGCGAGCGGGGCAUUGUAUCUGUCGACUCUGCCAGGCCUGACCAGGAAGUCGAGCGACCGAUCGAUGUCCUGAUCUGGGGAACUGGCUUCGAUAUGAACGACUCGGGAGGACAUUUCCAGGUUUAUGGAGAGGAAGGCAAGAACUUGUCCGAGACCUGGCGUGAUUAUCCGGAAACCUAUUGGAGUGUGGGAGUUACCGGAUUCCCCAACUUCUUCCUCACCCUUGGGCCCAACUCGACCAACUAUUGGUCCAACAUUACCACCGUCGUCGAAAUCCAGAUCAACUAUCACUGUGCGAUGGUCAAGCAUAUUAAGCGGCAGCAACAACAAUCCAACUACGCCUUGUAUCCGGACCGGCUUGUUCAAAAGCUGCAUAACGACUGGCUCCGAGAGAACCGAGGCACACCUUCGUUUCUGGUUCCCGGCUGCGCAACCUAUCAUCAGACUCCCUCGGGCGCUACGCCCAUGUACAACCACUACCGGGUGUGGCAGUACCGUCGCAGGAUGUCGUCUCUGGUGCUUGCCGACUUUGUGGAAAUGCGCAAGCCCCGGGCUGACUUGAUCCACGUGGGGUUCUAAUCAAUACAUGACGACUCAAGACUGUAUAUAUAUAUUGCCAUUUCUCGUACCGAAUCGAAUGUAUAUUUAAGACGUUCCAAGAAUAGUCUGCGUUCAUAAUAAUGUCCG